AUGUCGAUCUCAAAGAGCCCCAACACUUCCGUCUUCCUCGUUCUGGGACUGGCGGUGCUGGUCGCCACUGCACAGCAAGUGAACCCUCUGCAGGUCCGAGGACAGACCGCUCCGGGAAAGGUCAGCACCGCUUCACUGGCGUUGCCCUUCGGGUUGACGCCCUCCACCAUCGGCGUUGGCGUCCGAGCCAUCGGCGUCAUCAUUAUGUGCGCCUUCAUCGGUCUUCUUGAGCCUUGCACUGUUCCGCUCAUCGCUAUGGUCAACGCAUAUGCGUAUCUCUGA